GGAACAGCAAAAGGCGGGUCAUUAUUAUUUCGGCGCGCCCUUCGCCUCCUCCACCUUCAUUCAUUCUUCAUUCCUCUUCAUUCCUCUUCAUUCCUCAUUCCCCAUCCGCCAGACGCCCCACCGCCCUCUAUACUCUCCAUAUGACAGGUACGCACACGGACAUAUGGCAGGGACCAAGCAACUGGCAUUACCAUGGAUCACCUGUAAAGACGAAUAACCCGUUUUUUUUUAUUCUUUCUCCAGACAACAUUGCCACCAAACCAGAAAGCGAAUCCUCGCUCCUGACACCCAGUCAGGAGCAUUAUCUCAAAAAGUAUCUCUUCGGGGUACUCAUCAACAACGAGCUCGAGCUCCUCCAAAAGGACCCCUUUCAGACACUCCCCAAUCUCGGAGGUCCUUUCGACCUCAAGGACGAACAUGCAGACUCGGCAACACCCUUCUUGCGCUACCUCUUUGAGUCCAUAGUAGUCCCCUUUCCCUUCCUAACGAGCUCCAGGGGCGAGCUAUGGCCGAAGCUGGAGCUAUUCCUGCAUGAAUGGGCCAAGAUUGAUGCGGGCAACGGAGUCGAGCGUGACGAGAUUAUCCGCAGAAGGCGACUGAAGAACAAGGGCGAGAGGACCAUGGUGCUCAUGUACUCCAUGGCUGUCAAGACCGUGGAACAGCGUGAAAAGGAGAGAAAGGACGCGCAGUUGAGGAAAGAGCAAGGAUUGGACGAGAACUUUGGCCAGCUGCAGCUGAGUUCGGCGGCGCCCUCAAACUCCCCUCCAUCCACGGCGGGGCCUAACACGCUUAUCCAUGGAGUGCGUAUCAAUGUUGCAGGCAUCCGUAUUGUCAAGGAAAAAAGACAUAUCCGCGAACACGAGCAUGCUCAAUUCUUGGUAUCGAGCACCUUGGCAGACGGUCAAGAGUACGUCGUCGCAAGACGCCAUGGUCAGUUCCGUCGCCUCUACGUCUCUCUGCGAGAAGAAUUCCCUCAAAAUGAGUUCCCGUUGCCUCCCGCAAAAUUCUCUGCAAAGUCCGGAUCUUCAGGCGCCAAGGUCGCUCGCGAAAAGGACAGGAUCAGUCUCCGUGGAUACCUUCACAGCGUCGCAAAGAUCUCCCCUGAGGUCGUCAGCUCGAGCAUUUUUACCAGCUUCCUUACCAAGGACCCAGUGACGCUGACAGAGGAUGAGGCCAAGGAUGUGCAAACACGCGCAGCUCUGGACGAACAUCGGAUGGAGCAGCAGGCCAAGUUCGACAGCGAGGUCGCCAAGAAGGUUGAGGAGCUUGAUCUGCACCUGCAACAGGUCAAGCUGGAUCUGUUGCGCCCUGGUGGGAUCUCGCGUCUGUUUAGCGCAUUCAAACAAUACGAAAAGGUCGAGGAUUUGCCACCGUUGUACCAAACGGUUUUUGAAUGGGGUUGCAUGAACUUUGCCUCAACACUAUACCACGUCUUCACAGCCUCAGAUGAUGCGACGCUCAACUUUACGCAGCUCAAGCGCACGCACAUGUUGGUGCCCUACAGGACCAUGUGGGGUAUCCUCAAGAUCUCGAACCCCAUGGCGAUGAUGAAGGGUAUCCUGGACCUCUUCUUGGCCCAGCCCUUCGGAAGCCGCAGUCUGAUGCAGCGCAUUAUCUCUGUCAACAUUCAGGAGGAGAUCACAGAGUACAAGAAGGACAUCACGCAGCUCGAGGCUUCCAUUGGCGAUGCAGGACUUUGCGAGAAGAUCAAGAACUAUGUGUAUGCGCCCAAGGCCGUCAUUGACAAGAUUAUCCCUGAUGGAGGUCUAUAUGAUAUCACACAAUUGGACCUGGUCAUGGAAGUCCUGAGGUCAGACGAGGUCCAGCCUUUGCUCCAGCCUGCUCAAAUCAAACGUGUUUGGGACGCCCAGCAAGACCUUGCCCAUGAGGAUGCUGCAAAGGAGGAACGUCGUAGCAAGAUGUGCCAGGCGUUCAUGGAUGGUAAUCAAAGUGACCAGAGCGACGAGUACAGCGAGAGCGAUGUUUCAUCCUCGGAUGAACCCCACAGCUACCACUCAUCCAAGCGAGGCCAUGUCAGUUCUCCGUCAGAGAACCAGAAUCUGAUUCGUCUGCUUCAACAGCUCCUGGUGACGCAUCUCCGCAUCCGUGACAAGGAGCGUAUGAUGGGCCUGGUCUUCCAGGGCGUGACGGGCGAGAUCUUCAAGGAGCUGAUCUCGAUCUUUUAUGGGCCCCUGGUCGAGGUCUACAAGGCGGCGAAUGUGGCGGACAGUUUGAUGGAUGUGAAGGACUUUGCAGACGAGCUCAUCAAGAUUGUGGAGCAGGCAGAUGUGAAUGAUGAUGGUCGCAGUGGAAAGCCGUCAACAGCAACGCUGUACCUGAACUUGGUCAAGAAGCAUCUCCCCAGCUUUUACAAGUUUGUUCACUCUGUUCACAAGCAGGACAAUGGGCUCUUCCACGACCUGCUCGAGUGGAUCGAGAGCAUUAUCACGUUCAUGAGGACGGGUUACGCAAGGGCCCGGAUCAACUACAAGACCGAGGAGGAGAUCCGGGUUGCUGUGGAUCUGGAUGGAUUUGUCAAGGCCAAUGUAGACAAGGCGCAGUGGGAGGAGCUGCAGGGGGAGGCCGAAGUCCUGAGAGAGUACUUUGCGACAAUCAAGCAACGAAAGCGAGAGGAGGUCCACCAGAUGGCAGGUCUUGAUCGCGUUAGUCGGACGGCAUCGUCGAAUGCUCUGCUGGACGCACAUGACCGUGAUAGGGCGAGGAUCUCGAAGGAGCUGAAGGGCAUGGGGUUGCAGCAGGAGGAUGUGGAUGAGCUGGAGAUGGUCAAUUACCAUGGCGGAGGAGACAAUGACAGCGACGAAGACGAGGAAGGCCAGGGCGGACUUCGGAUGCCCGAGGUCCCGAUGAUUGAUGGACUCAAAGGGCCGUUUGUGAAGUUGAUGGAUAAGAUUUUAUUCCAAUCGGCUCGUGAAUGAAUGAACAUAUAGCACACUCUCUCCUUUCUUUUUCUUUUCCAGAAGCCGUGUUUCUUUUAAAUAUAUUAUUGUAAAUAGUAAAAGCAAUCUCCCG